AAUGGCGGACGCAGCGGCACGACAACUUCAAUACGAAUAUAAAGCUCCCUGGAACCUAAUGACACCAUAAGUACCUCUGGGAUUGCAUUUCAAUGCCUUAUCAUACAACAUCCAGGACUAUUUCUCAAUAAUUUUCGUCACUAAAUGAUCUGUGUCUAGAGAAGAACAUACGAAGAGGAAUUGCGAAGACUAGAGUUUCAUACAAAUGAUCUAGUACCCAGAAGUAACAAAUUCAUUCCAAAAACAAAAUUAAUUCCAAUCUUGUACUUCAAGCAGACGUACGAUUAAUAGAACGCCGAAGUCGAGAUGAAGCUACAGGCGAGGUCAUGUCCCUUGUGGGCAAAUUGGAUGGGACGAGAAUGGGUGAUAGAGCUCAGAGAACAAAACCUGGGAAAGCUGAAGAGCGUAAAGUUAAGCGUCAAAAGCGUGACGAAGCUCAAUAUGACUUCACCCGGAUGAAAGGAGCUACUCUUCUAUCAGAAGGUGUUGACGAAAUGGUGGGAAUAGUCUACCGUCCAAAGACCCAAGACACACGUCAAACCUACGAAGUCCUGCUGAGCUUUAUCCAAGAAGCCCUCGGCGAUCAGCCCCGGGACAUUCUCUGCGGUGCUGCUGAUGAGGUUCUAGGAGCCCUGAAAAGCGAUCGUCAGGAUAAAGACAAGAAGAAGGAGACAGAACUCCUCCUGGGACCGCUGGCAGACGAGCGAUUCGCAUUACUAGUGAACCUCGGCAAGAAAAUUACAGAUUUCGGUAAUGAAGAGAAGAAUCCAACCAACGAGGAGAAUAUUGAUGAGACGUACGGCAUAAACGUUCAGUUCGAGGAGAGCAGUGAAGAGGACGACGAGGAUGUUUACGGAGAGGUCAGAGAAAAUGACGACGAUGGAGAUGAAGGUGAAGAGGCCAACGAUGAUCGUCUGAUUCACGCUGAGAACCUCGGAGGAACAGAAGAAGCCAAAAAGGAGAAGACCUUGCACCCCUUAGACAUCGAUGCUUACUGGCUCCAGCGACGACUCAGCAGGAUCUACAAGGACGCUGUGGAAUCUCAAGCUCGAGCUGCUCAGGUCCUGAAUGUCUUGAAGGAUGCCCCCAGUGAUCGUCAAUGUGAAAACGAUCUUGUUGGCCUCCUGGGUUACGACUGUUUCGACUUCAUCAAACAACUGAUGAAACAGCGUCACAUGAUCGCGUACUGCACAAUGCUAGCAUCAUCUCAAUCCGAAUCAGAUCGCCAGAAGAUACGUGACAGUAUGAAGGAUGAUCCGGCAUUAGCGAAAAUUCUGCGACAGUUAGAAACUGGUAAAAAUGAUGACGAUGGUAAUGAGACAAUGGAAGCACGAGCGCAGAGAAAAAGGAGAGAGGAGAAGGAAGAUACUGGGGGUCCAGGGGGUCAAGUCCAAGGUACCAGGAACAUUGUGGAUUUGGAGGACCUUGUUUUCACGCAAGGGAGCCACUUUAUUGCCAACAAAAGGUGUAAGUUGCCUGAAAGGAGCUUCAGAAAACAGAGGAAGGGGUAUGAAGAGGUGCAUGUACCAGCACUCAAGCCUAAACCCUUUGGGGAGAAUGAGAAGUUGCAUCCUAUUGAUCAUCUCCCCAAAUACAUCCAGCCUGCAUUCGAAGGAUUCAAAACUCUCAACAGAAUACAAAGUAGACUUCAUAAUACAGCUCUGAAUAGCGAUGAAAAUUUGUUAUUGUGCGCUCCAACAGGUGCAGGAAAAACUAAUGUUGCUUUAUUAACCAUGAUGAGGGAAAUUGGAAAACACAUCAAUGAUGAUGGCACCAUCAACGCAGACGAAUUCAAGAUCAUCUAUAUAGCCCCAAUGCGAUCACUCGUACAAGAGAUGACUGGUAAUUUUGGAAAACGUUUAGCUAGCUACAACAUAACGGUGUCAGAAUUGACUGGAGAUCAUCAAUUGACGAGGGAGCAGAUAGCCGCCAGUCAGGUGAUUGUCUGCACUCCCGAGAAAUGGGACAUCAUCACGAGGAAGGGUGGGGACAAGACGUUUACUUCUUUAGUGAGAUUGAUCAUCGUUGAUGAAAUUCAUUUGCUUCACGAUGAACGAGGCCCUGUCCUCGAGGCUCUUGUUGCUAGAACCAUCAGGAACAUUGAGACUACUCAAGAGGAUGUUCGUCUGGUUGGACUGUCAGCUACUCUCCCCAAUUAUGAAGAUGUGGCGGCAUUUCUCAGAAUUAAACCGGAAACUGGGUUGUUCUACUUUGAUAACAGUUUCAGACCGGUGGCUCUAGAACAACAGUACAUCGGUGUGACCGAAAAGAAGGCCAUCAAACGUUUUCAGGUAAUGAACGAGAUCGUUUACGAGAAGACAAUGCUUCAUGCUGGUAAGAACCAAGUCUUGAUAUUCGUGCAUUCGAGAAAAGAAACCGGAAAGACGGCUAGGGCUAUCAGAGAUAUGUGUCUGGAGAAAGAUACUUUGGGAACAUUUCUAAGAGAGGGGUCAGCAUCAAUGGAAGUUCUGAGAACUGAAGCUGAACAGGUGAAGAAUCAAGAAUUGAAGGAUUUAUUGCCUUAUGGAUUUGCCAUUCAUCACGCUGGUAUGACGAGAGUCGACAGGACUCUAGUGGAAGAUUUGUUUGCUGACAGGCACAUUCAGGUACUUGUGUCCACUGCCACUCUUGCUUGGGGUGUCAAUUUACCAGCACAUACUGUCAUUAUCAAAGGAACUCAAAUUUAUAAUCCUGAGAAAGGACGAUGGGUAGAACUUGGAGCUCUAGAUGUUCUCCAAAUGUUGGGACGUGCCGGUAGACCACAGUAUGACACGAAGGGAGAGGGGAUAUUAAUAACAAAUCAUAGUGAAUUACAGUACUAUCUCUCACUACUGAAUCAACAACUUCCUAUUGAAUCACAGAUGAUUGGGAAGAUGGCCGAUAUGUUGAACGCUGAGAUUGUUCUGGGGACAAUUCAGAACAUCAGAGAUGCUGUUGUCUGGUUGGGAUACACUUAUCUUUAUAUUAGAAUGCUGAGGGGUCCUAAUUUAUAUGGCAUCAGUGCAGACAAGUUGAAGGAGGAUCCAUUGUUGGAGCUGCAUCGAGCUGAUCUCAUUCAUUCUGCUGCUAUUCAGCUUGAUCGAAGUGGCUUGAUUAAAUACGAUCGGAAAUCCGGGAAUUUCCAAUCUACUGAAUUGGGAAGAAUAGCUUCGCAUUACUACUGCACCCACGAGACCAUGUCCACGUACAAUUUGUUGCUAAAGAGAACAUUGAGUGAAAUUGAAUUGUUCAGAGUGUUCUCGCUCUCUGGGGAGUUUAAAAACAUCAAUGUUCGUGAGGAAGAGAAGCUGGAGCUACAGAAAUUGAUGGAGAGAGUUCCCAUUCCCAUAAAAGAGAGUAUUGAAGAACCUAGUGCCAAAGUAAACGUUCUUCUUCAAGCUUAUAUCUCACAAUUGAAGCUCGAAGGUUUUGCGUUGAUGUCUGACAUGGUUUUUGUGACUCAAUCAGCAUCUAGGCUGAUGAGAGCAAUUUUCGAGAUUGUCUUGUUCCGAGGCUGGGCACAAUUGGCUGACAAGUGCUUGUCGUUAUGUAAAAUGAUUGAUAGACGUAUGUGGCAGUCUAUGACACCCCUUCGUCAAUUCCGCAAAAUGCCUGAGGAAGUUGUCAAGAGAAUCGAGAAAAAGAACUUCCCUUGGGAGAGGCUCUAUGAUCUUGGGCCAAAUGAGAUUGGCGAACUUAUUCGAAUGCCAAAACUUGGAAAAACUAUUCACAAGUACAUACAUCAAUUUCCGAAAUUGCAUUUGUCGACUCACAUUCAACCUAUUACCAGAUCAACAUUGAGAGUUGAACUGACAAUAACACCGGACUUCCAGUGGGAUGACAAGGUCCAUGGAGCCUCAGAAGCAUUCUGGAUUCUUGUGGAAGACGUUGACUCAGAAGUCAUUCUCCAUCACGAGUUUUUCUUGCUGAAAGCUAAAUAUGCGAGUGAUGAACAUUUGAUAAAGUUCUUCGUUCCAGUAUUCGAACCGCUUCCACCUCACUAUUUUCUCAGAAUUGUCUCAGACAGAUGGAUUGGAUCGGAGACACAGUUACCAGUGAGCUUCAGGCAUCUGAUUCUACCUGAGAAGAACCUUCCACCAACUGAGUUACUGGAUCUUCAACCUCUACCAAUCACAGCUCUCAGAAACCCCAAAUUUGAGAGUCUAUACUCUGAUAAAUUCCCACAGUUCAAUCCCAUUCAAACCCAAGUAUUCAAUGCAGUUUACAAUUCAGAUGACAACGUCUUCGUGGGUGCACCCACAGGCUCGGGCAAGACAAUAAUAGCAGAGUUCGCUGUUCUGCGACUACUCUCUCAAAAACCUGACGGCAGAUGUGUCUACAUGGUGAGCAAGCAGGCCCUUGCAGAGCUAGUCUACACGGAUUGGUUGGUAAAAUUCAAUCAUUGUCUGGGUCACAAGAUUGUCCUGCUAACAGGUGAGACUGGAACUGACCUGAAGCUCAUCGCAAAGGCCCAGAUAAUUGUAACCACCGCUGAAAAGUGGGACGUGCUGUCUCGACGAUGGAAGCAACGUAAGAAUGUCCAGAAUAUUCAACUCUUCAUUGUCGAUGAGCUACAGUUAAUUGGUGGGGAGGAGGGUCCAGUCCUGGAAGUGGCAUGCUCACGGGCAAGAUACAUAGCCCUCCAACUAGAACGGCCAACGAGAAUAGUUGCACUGUCAGCUCCACUAGCUGACGCGAAAGACGCAGCGGCCUGGCUGGACGCACAGGCAGCUGCAACUUUUAACUUUCACCCAUCAGUCAGACCAAUCCCCCUCGAGCUGCAUGUCCAGGGAAUAAACAUCACUCAUAAUGCCUCACGACUAGCGGCAAUGGCAAAGCCCGUUUAUAACGCCAUUCUUCGUCAUGCUCCUCAUAAACCCGUCAUCAUAUUCGUCCCAACAAGGAGACAAGCGAGGCUGACAGCCUUCGAUUUGUUAACGUUUGCAGCUGCUGAAGGACAGAAGACCAAAUUUUUCCACGCCGAGGAGGCUGAUAUCAAACCCUUCCUCGAUAGGAUGUCCGAUAAAACGUUGAAAGAGACUCUCUCCCAAGGAGUUGCAUAUCUACACGAAGGAUUGUCCACUGACGAUCGUCACUUAGUGGAACAGCUGUUCGAGAGUGGAGCUAUUCAAGUUGCUGUCGCCACUCGAGAUCUCUGCUGGGGAUUAUCUAUCAGUUCACAUCUGGUGGUAAUUAUGGAUACCCAAUGUUACAACGGAAAAACUCAUGCUUAUGAAGAUUAUCCCAUCACUGAUGUCCUUCAAAUGGUGGGAAGAGCCAAUCGACCACUUGAAGACGAUGACGCUAAAUGUGUUCUUCUCUGUCAAAGUUCAAAGAAGGACUUUUUCAAAAAGUUCCUGAAUGAACCAUUACCGGUGGAGUCACAUUUGGAUCAUAGGUUACAUGAUCACUUUAAUGCUGAGAUCGUUACAAAGACCAUCGAGAAUAAGCAGGACGCAGUGGACUACUUAACCUGGACAUUCUUGUACCGAAGAUUGACCCAGAAUCCUAACUAUUACGGUCUGCAGGGAGUGACUCACAGACAUCUGUCUGAUCAUUUAUCGGAGCUUGUUGAAAAUACUCUCGGCGAUCUAGAACAGGCCAAGUGUGUGGCUAUUGAGGAUGACAUGGAUACUUUGCCACUGAACUUGGGAAUGAUUGCGGCUUAUUACUAUAUCAACUAUGCAACUAUUGAGCUGUUCAGUCUGUCCUUGAAUAAUAAAACAAAGAUUCGUGGACUUUUGGAGAUUAUCGCCGCAGCUGCUGAGUAUGAGAACGUUCCUGUGAGACAGAGAGAGGAGAAUCUCUUGAGGAGUUUAGCUCAGAGAUUACCACAUGCACCGCAAGCCCAAAGAAUGGCAGAUCCUCAUGUGAAAGCACAGCUGUUGCUUCAAGCUCAUUUGUCCAGGAUUCAACUUGGUCCAGAGCUGCAGAAAGACACGGAAUUAGUGUUGAGCAAGGCUAUCAGGCUGAUUCAGGCCUGCGUUGAUGUCCUCAGUUCUUCCGGAUGGCUGACACCUGCCGUUGCUGCUAUGGAGCUUGCCCAGAUGAUGACUCAGGCUAUGUGGUCUAAGGAUUCUUACCUCAAGCAAUUACCACAUUUCACUGCUGAGACCAUCAAGAGAUGUACUGAUAAGGGUGUAGAGAAUGUUUUCGACGUUAUGGAGCUAGAGGAUGACGACAGAAAUAGGCUUCUGCAGCUGACUGAUGCACAAAUGGCAGAUGUUGCCAAAUUCUGCAAUCGAUAUCCCAAUAUUGAGAUGUCUUAUGAGGUGCAGGAUAAGAAUAAAGUAUUCAGUGGAAGAACUGUCAAUGUUGUUGUUCAAUUGGAACGCGAGGACGACGUUACUGGGCCUGUUGUAGCACCAUUCUUCCCACAGAGACGUGAGGAAGGCUGGUGGGUGGUCAUUGGAGAUCCUAAGACCAAUUCAUUACUGUCGAUUAAACGACUAACGCUCCAACAGACUGCGACUGUAAAACUCGAUUUCGUUGCACCUGCUUCUGGACAGCAUGGAUACACUUUGUAUUUUAUGAGUGAUGCGUACCUGGGGUGUGAUCAGGAGUACAAGUUUAAUAUCAAUGUGGGAGAGUAUGAAUCAGAGGGAAGUUCAGCCUCUGACUUUGAGUAAAGGGUUUAUUUUUCAUGUGGAGGAGGAAUUCUUGGUAUGUCUUUUCGUAUCGUAAGAAUUUUAUAUUUGUAUUAAUCGAAUUUUUCUUACCGUCAAAUUAUGUACAGAUAUUGUGGAGAAACCGAUUGUAAUUAUUAUUAAGAACAAGAAUAACCAUACGUCAAAUAAAUUGAAUUUUAAGUACAAAA